GCAAGCCCGAAAAAUGUGAAAUCGUUGAUACCGUCGCUACCCAGAUCUCACAAGGGGAACACUGAAUUAUUGAUCUGGGUCGAUCUGUUCACAGGAUAUGUGAUCGCGAAGGCCAGCUCGUCCCGGUCGGCCCAGACGGUUGCGGAAUCGUACAAGGAGUGUGUAUUUCGGCGAUUUGGUGACAGUGAGAUGAUCCGACAUGAUCGAGAACCCGGUUUCAUGUCCGAUUUCUUCCGUGCGUUUAACAAGAUCUUGGGACAACGGCAGCGGGCGACGAUGGCAUAUCACCACGACCAGAGCGCUCAGUACGUCCGCGACGUUGAUCAGAAGGAUUGGGACGAAUAUGCUGAGCGCCUCACCUUCGCGUUCAACACGGCUCACGAUCGGAUGCGAGGAGAUACCCCUCACUAUUUGAUCGACAUUGGAGGCUACACUGCCGGUCGGAUGUACGAGACGGCGCGAUCGAGAUGCGCGGCGGUGGCGAUAUCGAGUCCAACACGAUACUAUCAGCAAUCCCGAGAACAAGUCAACGCUAGAUUGAAGGAAGUCAUUGCAGAUCGGGCCGACCGACACAACGAGGGUGUCGGAUCGCACCAGAUCGAUGCCGGAUCUCGCAUAUGGCUAUAUCUAGAUCGGGUGAAGGAAGGAUACGCGCGGAAAUUGGCUCACCUUUGGCACGGGCCGUUCCGGGUCGCCGAAAAGAUCAACGAAUUCAGCGUCAAGCUCGAGAUCGCAGGUACAAGGUACCAGAUCUUUCCAGUGGUACACAUGUCGAAGUUGAAAUUGGUCAAGGACUUUCCAGAUCGACCACGGGUGGAACUCACGGUGGAUGAGAUCCUGCUUCUGGAGGACAGUUGGGUCCCGGAUUUCGGGGCUGAUGAGUAUGCGGUCGAGCAGAUUUCUGAUGUGCGGAGUGGGAAGAAGACGCGAUUUGGUCGGAUCUAUCGCGAAUUCCUGGUCCAUUGGGCGGGAUAUGAUGAGCCGACCUGGGUCGACGAAGCCGAUCUCAACUGCGGGGCGAUAUUGAACGCUUUCCUGCGAGAACGGGCUAAUCGGAAUCGCUUCAAUGUGAUGAAAUCACAUGAAGGGAUGUAA